ACCGAUGGUUUUCAAGGGCUCUCCUCGUUUUCAGUUUUAAUUUUUAUUAAUCAAAUAAUAUAAAAGUCCAAUGUGAAAUAACUUAUUAAAUCACACGAUUCUUUAAAAAAACCCUUUCAUUCCUAAUUUUGAAAAAGAGCGAAAGAUCCGUUCAAAAGAGCGGCUCUUUUUAAUGAACGAACGAAAAUGAGCGGCUCCUAAAAGAGAGCGGUUUGCCCACCUCUAGAUUUUAGGAAAUUAUGUUUUUGUGAAUAUAAAGUUAAUUAAAAAAGGCAUUUUUUUCGUGUACCUAUUUUUUCUUAAUUGUCGCAAAAAUACCUACAACUUUGCCGAAGACACACAAUUGAUCAGAAAAUCCACUCAAAACUUACAAAUGUUUGAAUAUUUACGUACCAUUGUUGUAUGGACAGCUGCCAAAAUUGUAUGAAGAAUAAAAAAAUACAAAUAAAAUCCAUUUCCGGUCUUGGUAGAGAAUUGCUCUCGUUCGAAAGCAUUCGAUUUUGUAUAAGAAGUAAAAACCUCAAAAAACAGGUACUGAAUACAAAUUAACUCAAGAAUACAAUACCUAUUAUCAAAUCUCUCCUCAGCACUAGCAUACUUACAUCCUUGUUAGUCAGCGGCAAAAUAUUUGUGCCCUUUAUUUUGCAUCCAGGUUGCACUCACCUUUCACUCGUCCCCUCUUCUGUGCCUGUUAUCAGUGUUGUGUGUUUGUGAAUGCUGAAUUUUGUUUUUUUUUUUUCAACACCCCCAUUCAACUCCUGCCCCACCAACGUUGCUGUCGUCUUACCUUUCUCGCAUCUCUAUCUCAUCGCAUCUCAAGUUCUCCGUGUUCAGUUCCAGUUUGAAUUGUUUGCCGUGCGGAGGUGUCUUGUUCUGUUUCUGUUUCUAUUUCGGUGUAAUUUCACUUUUCUUUCACAAUGCUCGUAGAGCAUCUCACCGUUGAGAAGGUCGAGGUUGACAACCUUAUUCUGUACUUGAGCACGGUGCCGCAAGAGCAACGGCAACCGAAACGUGACCGCAUUCUUCGUUCACGUGUUCGCUAUUGGCUCAACGACAUCGUCGAUGAGAUGCGCAAGAAGAGUCCCGCCUCGGUCCAGAAAUGGGUGGACUCGAUACAGAUCCCACCGGCGGGAGCCGCUGGCGGUCCCACGGUGGUCAUCGAUCCGGACGAACCAGGUCCAUCGGGCGAGCAGCUAGCACAUCCGGACCAGCUGACGGCUUCUGCGCCGGAUUGUGUGAUGGAACCAGCGGCGAUCGAGGAUCACGAUCAGGUACUUACUAUGGCAGCUACGCCCCAAACGCCGGCCCCGAUGGUUUCGAGCUCCGAUGAGGAAUUUAUCCCCUCGGAGGAACCCGCAGCGGUUGAUCACAAACCGGAGGGCGGCGAUCGAGGAUCGUCCUCGAUCAGCAUAAAAAAUCUUCUGUCGAAAAAGACGCUGCUGGAGAAGUUUAGCCGCAGCAGCACCAACCUCGAGCAGGAGCCCAACCACCCGGAAGCCGACCACGAGGAAGCGUCGGAAGCUCGUAAAAGUACCUCGCUGGCAUCGAUCGGCAAAAUCAAGAUCAACGAAUUUUACGACAAGCUCAGCAUGAACAAGGCCAAGUACAAUCUGAUCAAGGCGAAGAAGCUCGAUCUACGCAACAUGCUCAGCGGUGGAAGCCAGCGGCAAACGCCGGUCGAGGAAGCGCUGCCGGAGAUGGUGGUUGCCGUGCCGGAAGCGGAGGUGCAGGCGGCGGUGUCGUGCGCAGAUGUGACGCUGGCGGAGAGUGACGUAGAGUCCAAGAUGAUGCAGUCUGAGGCCAGCGGCAAGCUCAGCACCGGCGACAUCUACGAGUUCUCGUUCGAUGAGUCCUUCCCGAAGGACGAGGACAUCAUUCCCGACGUCAGCGAGGACGAGGAAAAGGAAAACCUGGACAUUCCGAUGCAACCACCUCAGCAGCAUCACCAUCAGGCUUACGAUCACUACCUGAACCCGCCGAAAGCAACGCCGUACAGCACCCCCCGGAUGGGCAUCGGCAAGAUUGGCCGGAGUUCGAGUGAAAAUCCACGCGCCAACAAGCGGUUCAACCUGAUGGAAAUUGGGCGCAGCUUCAGCGAGAUGAACGACGACGACAACUUUGUGAUCAGCGAGUGCAACAACAGCUGUCCCAAUCCGUCCUCGCUGAACACCAGCUCCAGCAUCAACAACAGCAGCAGCAACAUCCUGGCCCGGUCCGUGCCGGUCAGUCCGAUUCCGCGCACGUCCAGCAAGCUCAGUAUUCAGCAGGAGAACAACUCGAUGUCGGAAACGCCGCGACGUCGCAGCGCCAUGCUCAUGAAGGACAGCUCGCUGCAGUCCGACUCGAGCCGGUGCUCAAGCGUGGAGAGUUUACUCAACGCCCGCAAACCGGACCCGGAACGGAUCCUUCUGAACUUGGGCUUCGGCCCGGCGCCGCACAGCACGGACGUUCUGUCGAAGAUUCCCAAAAGAUUCCUCAAACCGUCCCAGGUGCGGGGCGUCGACACGGAAGCAUUCCUGCGCCAGCAGCAGCUGUCCAUGCACAUCCACGAGAAUAGCGUCCUCGGCUAUCGCGGACUUGUCGGAAAUCCUCACAUCCCUCCCUCGAUGAUCGUGGCCAAAAUCAUGGAACGUUUCCAGGAAAACGAACGGGGUCGGCUGGUGCGGGGAAGCGUCCCCGGGCCCAUCGAUCUGCAGCAAUCCGCGGCAAUGUCCGGCCUCCACCAUCCUAGCAGCCGCGAAUCCUCCGGGCCUCCGUCGCCCAUCCCGAUCCCACGCCACUCGUCGCUUGCCUCCGAGGGACGGAUCAAGUUCUAGAGGAUGUUCUUCUAGGCCCGUCCCUCUAUCUCUAUUGCGGUCGUACUACGCGUACACAACCAUACUUUAGCUGUAGUAUUAGGUAUUACUUUGAAUCGCACACAUUAAUACACCCACACUUACAAAUCUGUUUUAGAAACUUCUUUGAAGAGAGCAUUGAACGAAGCAACAAGAAACUUGCGUGCAAGUUUUAAUACAAAUCUCAACGCUAUGCUGUCCGUCUGCUCUCUGAUGUCCACUCAUGACCUAUCGAGCUUUAGAAAACCUUUCGAAUCUCUACAUUCCUUGCAAAGGACUCUACCCUCGGGAAAUAUUUUCGGGACUCCCCGCUACAAUUUUAUACGUAUGAAACUACAUUCCUCUCUAAACCAGAGCGCGUAACUCAGUAUUUCUUAGGCCGAAAGGGUUACACAAGACUAGAUACAGACACACUUAAACUUAUGGCACGGUUUAUUCAUAUUUUUGAUAGUGAUUUUCUCGAGCAGAGUAAGACUUUGGACCUUAUGACAAAAAUAAAUCAAAAAAGAGAAUGUUGGGAGAGUAGAUUUAUCACAGAAUACAUAAACCGUUAUCAAUUACGCAAAUCUGCCUGUAGUACGCGGACUCAAUAUGAUAAGAAACAGAUCUGAUGAAAGUAAGCUCACCACUGUUUCUCAACUAUUACAAAAGUGGCGUUUGCAAACCGUUUUACGAUUUUUCCUAACUGUCUUUCACUUUCACACGACUUAAAUCAUACGAUGGGACGCACCACUUUUUAACUUAGAGAUACGUACUAUUGAAAUUUUUUACAUGUGAAACGGUGGGGAAAGAAAUCUUAGCCGCACCUCCGCCGGUUGUUAAGACAGGCAGCAAUUUGAGAUCUACUUUGAAAAAAUUAAAUUCCCUGAAUCAAAAUGUUAGGAAAAAUGAUUGAACCAUAUUUAUACACACAAAUCCACAACCUACACAACUUGUAGUAAAACAGUAAAAAAUAUAUCAAGCCCUUGGCAAUCGUUGUUAGAAACAA